UUACAUUUCCGGUUCGGUGGAGUUACACGUCAGUUGACUGCGGCUGUGCUGCUCGGGUCGCUCGCUUCGUGUUGGGUUCCGUGGUGUCGCUGCCCGCAGCAUCAUGUCGAACUCGGUGAUCUCGGUGGUUUCCCGCUUCCUGGACGAGUAUUCGAGCAGCACGCCGCGCCGCCUUAAGGUGGUGGACGCCUACCUGCUGUACAUCCUGCUCACGGGGGGUCUGCAGUUCCUCUACUGCCUACUCGUGGGAACGUUUCCCUUCAACAGCUUCCUGUCGGGCUUCAUUUCGUGUGUGGGCUCCUUCAUUCUCGCAGUUUGCCUGCGGAUCCAGAUCAACCCCCAGAACAAAGCGGAGUUCCUGUCCAUCUCCCCCGAGAGGGCCUUCGCAGACUUCCUGUUUGCCCACACGGUGCUUCACCUGGUGGUCAUUAACUUCGUUGGCUGAGGGGGACACCCCCCCGAUUAGUCCAGAUAAGGAAUUUCACAGGUCGUGACCCAAUGUCCAGUUUCCCCUUAUGACCCGUGGCCAGUCCAGUUCACAAAUCCCCGUGGACAGCAGUGAGACAGCGGCGACUCUUCGGUGAAGAUGGACAAUGAAAACUGUUAUUCUCUCUCUCUACUCUGACUUUUUAUUUUUUAAUGUUUAGUGUUUGACAGCCGGUUUAUUUACGUGUAAAGUCGCCUCAAGUGAAGCCGCAUUUACUCUGAAGUGUGUUGUGCUGCGUUCCGUGAUAGACCCGCAUUUCUUGUGCUUCACGGUACAGAAAUAGGUCCAACUUGCGACCAAUUUUUUUUUUUUUUUUAAAAAGAAAUUUCCCUUGGUAUUUUCUGUCCAAAUGGCUGUGAAAGGCAUUAAAUGACUAAAAAUGGCAAA